AUGGACGUUAGCAAGAGCGCCAGGUUUUUGAGUAUUUCUCGACUGGAGGCAGCUUCCCUUAUCAUCCUGGCCCUUAUAUCAUAUUAUGCAUUAAAAUGCAUCUACUUGCUCUACUACCAUCCUCUGGCACGAUUUCCUGGCCCGCUCCUUGCCUCCAUGUCUGAUUUGUGGAUUUCCUCGUCGAUUGCUACAGGUCGGCACCCAUUCAGAAUGGUAAAACUACAUCAAGAGUAUGGCGAUGUCGUCAGAAUAGGACCUAAUUGGCUUUCGUUUGCCACGCCGCAAGCAUAUCAGGAUAUAUACGGGAGGCCAAGUCAAGGAAAGAAGUUGUUCCUCAAGUUUGCCGAAUUUGAGAGGCCGGGGGACAUCUCUACCACGAGGGACCCGGAUCUCCAUUCCCUCCAAAAAAGAGCGCUCUCCAAGGGGUUCAGCGCCGCGGCGCUACGGGACCAAGAAGUAAUAGUACAACAAUACGCCGACUUAUUGGUCCGACAACUGGGUAGCCUCGGGCAGGGAGGCAAGGUGGCCACAAAUAUAGGUGAAGCCCUGAACUGGUUUACAUUUGAUGUCAUUGGAGACCUUGCCUUUGGGGAGCCUUUCAAUGCGCUACUCAAUGGAUCUAACCAUAUGAUAUCACUGAUUACAGAUGCGCUGCGGUAUAGCGGAGUGAUAUUCCUUCGCCGCCAGCGGCCAUAUGUGGGGCCGCUUAUUGCACGCCUGCUGUUUCCACGACAUCUUGAGGAGACGCAUCUUGAAUACCAAAAGCUGGCAGAUGAGAAGUCUGCGAAACGCAUUGUUCGUGGAGAUCUUGAUCGACAGGACUUCUUUAGCCACCUCAUAAGGGACCACCGCAUCACCAAAGAGGAGUUAAUGGCUACGGCGUGGACACUAAUUAUGGCGGGCUCCGAAACCACGGCCACAGCACUUACUGCGACGAUUUUUUAUCUCCUUCGCACUGAAGGCGUACUCCAAAAGCUAAGGGACGAAGUUUGUACCAAGUUCGAUUCGUCGGAUCAGAUAAAUGAUGGCUCUACCAAGGGCCUGGAGUACCUUAGCGCCGUCAUCGAGGAGGGACUGCGCCUCUUUCCGCCUCUGGCACUUGGCUUGCCUCAUGAAUCACCCGGCGCGGUUAUUGAUGGACACUACGUCCCACCUGGCGUCUGCGUAUCGGCCGAGAACUUCUCCUUGUCCUAUGACUCCAGAUUCUGGAUAGAGCCCCAGUCAUUCAAGCCAGAACGCUGGAUUGGGGCUGGUAUUGAGGGCGACAACAAAGCCGCCCAUGUGCCGUUUUCUGAAGGACCAAGGUCGUGUAUCGGCAAGAGCCUUGCAUAUGUGGAGAUGCGUCUCAUUCUCGCCAAGCUAGUAUGGCACUUCGACUGGGUAUUGGCAUCUACCGAUCUCGAUGAUUGGAAUCAAGCUUCAAUGUGCUACGCACUGUGGACAAUGCCAAAGUUGAUGGUCGAGUUUCAUCCACGACAGGCAUCGUCCGUCUACUAA